CCGGGCAGUCGAUUUAAUGGUAAAGAUUUAAACUUGUAACAUAAGAAAACUGGGCCAUGUGCUCCAUUUUAAGCUUUAAGUACUGAAUUUCAGCUCCCAAGGCUCAUGUAGUGUCUCUGACUAAUGUGCGCCGCAAAGACGAAAGGGGCUCAUCGCAUAGAUUAGACAUGGAUCAUCCGCUGGCAAAGAUGGACGAUGAGACACCCGUAAUCGUGGCCAGGAAGUCUGGGAGCUGUCCAGCCAUCUCCUCACUCCCAGAUACUCUGUUGCCGAGCGUAUUCAAAGUCAACAAAUGUCCAACUGCAAUCGAUCUAUCUGGUCUUAGGCAUAUGAAGACAAGCAUCUCGGAGAACUCGAUCGCUGGAGCGCUAAUAGACUUUAACGGGGAAGAACUCGAUGACCACGUAACGGCCGUAUUUAGUUGGCCAUACGGCGGUCAGGAGGUGUAUCUCAUAGAGCACGAAAACGGGAAUAGGAAGAUCAAAAUGGUCAAGAGCUCCGGGUGUUUUACUACCAUUCAGGAACUACCAAAGGACAUUUUCAAGUACCAGUUCCUAGUGGACGGUGUUUUGCAACAUUCGCCAGAGCAGCCGACAAUAUCAACACCGGAUGGCAUUGUAAAUGUGUUGGAUCUAAGAAACGUGGUUGCUACAAACUACACAGUUCCGAGACAAGUGGACGAGAUGACAAGUGGGACGUUUGGAAAUGCAUUCCCAGGUCCAAAUUAUUUGUCUAUUGAGCCACCCCUAUUUCCUGAGAUUCUCUCGUACAGGUCACCGGAUUUUGACAACCCAUCGCGAUUUGGCUCAGACAUUCACACUCUCUCCAAUCACAUUUACAGAGAUACCAAGUCGGUUGACUUUUUAGGGCCAAGAUACACGACAUACAUUACUAUUUACCGGUGGACUGACGAUACAAUUGAUGAGUCCUGUGCACCAAGACGAAUAACACUCAUGUAUAUUACGUGGAACCCGCUGGAAUACGGUUCUUCCGAGGAAUCCGAGACAUUUGGAUGCAGCCAGUGGCUAAAACAUGACGAUUAACGCCACUAUAGACAUGACUAAUUCACUUACACAUUUGUCAAUACGACUCUAAGGGUCGUCUUUCAACUCUUAUUCCGU